AUGUCAAAAGAAAGUCAUUUUUGUGAAGAUAUGUUUGAUAAAACCACAUAUAGAUGUACUGAUGAUGUGAAGUUUGUUGUGCAGCUUCCACUUUGUGAUUCUAUAGACAAGCUGGGUGACUCCAGAAGUCAUGCUUUGGGUAGGUUUUACUCAUUGGAAAGGAGGUUAAAUAAAAUCCCCAUUUUAAAGGACAUGUACUUCUCUUUUAUGAAUGAAUAUGAGCAAAUGGGUCAUAUGACACUUUGUGAUGAGACUUCGAUUGGUGGCAUAUCAUAUUUUCUUCCACACCAUGGUGUAUUAAACGAGCAAAGCCAAACAACUAAACUUAUAGUUGUCUUCAAUGGUUCUGCUUCUACUGAUACUGGUAUGUCACUGAAUGAUAUCCAACAUACCGGGCUGGUUAUUCAGGACGACUUAUUGGAUAUUCUGCGUAGGUUUGGGCAGUUUAAUGUGGUUGUUUGUGCAGACAUUGAAAAAAUGUAUCGUAUGGUCUGGGUGGUUUCAGAACAAAGAUGUCUUCAAAAAAUCUUAUGGAGAAGAAAACCUGAUGAAGAUGUUCAGGAGUAUACUUUAAAUACUAUUACCUAUGGUACCAGGUCAGCAGCGUACUUGGCCAUACGCUGUUUGAAGCAGUUAGGAUUGGACAAUCUUGAAGCACAUCCAGAGGCUUCUAAUGUUAUAUUGCAUGAAUUUUACGUGGAUGAUAUGCUCUGUAGAGAGUCUUCUGUUACUGAAAUGAUUGAUGUGUGUAAACAAGUUAAAGAAAUUCUUGGAGGUGCUGGAUUUAAUUUAAGGAAGUGGAUAUCAAAUCGGCCUGAGGUCAUUGCUGGUAUUCAAAGAUCGUCUAGUUCAGAGGAAGAUGUAUAUUUUUGGAGAAGAGGAAUUCCAAUAAGACAUUAG